AUGUCUUGGCUUGGGCGGUCUGGCAGUAUCCCAGCCCUCGUGCCUCCUUCCUGUGACAUAGCAGGAGUUGGAUCCGGGAAGUCAGCUUAUCGGAACACCUUUCAUGCACUUUCAUCCAUCAUAUCCAAUGAGGGAUUUUUCGCAAUCUACUCCGGGCUUUCUGCUGGUCUCCUUCGUCAGGCCACCUACUCAACCUGUCGCCUUGGUAUCUACACAUCCUUGUUUGAUUAUUUUUCGGCACGUCAGGGCAAGAAUCCGAACUUUGUGACCAAACUCGGUUGCGCCAUGACAUCCGGUGUAUUAGGAUCUUUCGUUGGUACCCCAUCCGAGGUUUGCCUGAUUCGGAUGACAUCAGACGGACGUCUUCCAGUUGCUGAGCGGCGGAACUACACGAACGUAUUCAAUGCGCUCAUUCGCAUCUAUCGUGAGGAAGGCUUGACUGCACUAUGGCGGUGGGAACGCUUAACGGUUUGUUGUGGAUUUUCACGUUGCGACCUUUGCGAAAAUCUUGGAAACAACUUUCCGAUUGGACCCAAAGUUGCUGAGCGGCGGAACUACACGAACGUAUUCAAUGCGCUCAUUCGCAUCUAUCGUGAGGAAGGCUUGACUGCACUAUGGCGGGGUGCCAUUCCCACAAUGGGCCGGGCUGCUGUGGUCAACGGGGCACAGCUAGCUUCCUACUCUCAAACAAAACAGCAAAUACUGGAAUCCGGUUUUCUAGCGGACGGGAUUUUCGUCCACUUCCUGGCCAGCAUGUUCAGCGGUUUUGUAACCUCUGUCUUCUCUUUACCUGUCGACAUCAUCAAGACGCGCAUACAGAACAUGAAGUAUAUUGAUGGGAAACCAGAGUAUUCAAGCAUGUCGGCCGAGGAAUGUUUCUUGCUGCAGGAAUUCUGUGAAGAACUGUCGCGCCAUGAUCCUCUCUCUGAUGCGUCUUUCAUCUUUCAGGACGUCUUCUUCCAGGUUGUACGAAAGGAAAGUGUUUUCUCCCUGUGGAAGGGUUUCACGCCCUACUUUUUCCGCCUCGGACCCCAUACCGUUUUGACCUUCAUAUUUUUGGAACAGCUGAAUCGAGGCUACCGGAUCUACGUCCUCGGUGAUACUGGAGAUGCUGGUCGUCAUGGCGGGCUUUGA